AUGGUUUCUGUGAAGUUAGAUUUAGUGUUAUUGUUAAAUAUUUUUCAUGUGUAUGAAUGCAGUAGAAGAAUCACUGGUGGUGAAGUCGUGACUACAGAGAAAAGAUAUGUGGUUUACUUAUUGAAAGCGCCAUUAUCAAACAAAAUAUACGAUUCCUGGGUAUGUGGCGGUGCUCUGGUGUCAACUUUAUUCAUAGUAACAUCAGCAGCUUGUGUAGAUGAUGUUGAGUUCCUAUACGCCAUAGCCGGUUACAAAAACUACGUACCAGAUACGGAAAUAGAAAAUAACGAAUGCACUAAGGCGAAGAAAAAGAAAGUGAUUUACACUUGUAUCCCAAUGAGAUAUGACUUAAAGUACGAUAAAAUCGAAAAGUGGUCUUUCAUAGAUAUAGCUCUGGUGAAGGUAGAAUCUCCAUAUGAUUUCAAUGACGAAUCAUAUAAAGAAGUUUGUUCUUAUAUACCAGCUGCAAUUCCAAUUAAUUAUGAAACCAGAUUUCAAAACCCUGGUACUGAUGGUUUGGUGUUUGGUUGGGGACAUACAGAAAUAUGGCGAAAGCCUGGAGAUACAAGAAAUUACAACCAAGAAGUUCUACGGUAUGCGCCCGUUAAGAUACUGGAUAAACAGAAAUGCAAAACUUCUUAUGCUUCAAUUGCUAAUAUGAAUGAUGUAAUAGAUCAAUUUAUGAUAUGUUCAGAAGAAAGGGGUGAAAUGGACGAAAAUGGCAAUGUUGACAUGAAUGGCCCAAGUCAAGCCCCUAAGAUGAAUGGUUGCGGUGGCCAACAGUUGUCAGCAGAUGUGUUGACCAUAGAUGAAAUAUUAUGUGAAGAAAAUAGACUAUCAUUACGCUCAAAUCAAAGUUCUAGUUUUUCUUCGAUCAAAAACGGAACUGUAUUUAACCAAACGCGGAGAGCUGGAAUUUGUCAGAAUGACCACGGAGGUCCACUCGUCACGUGGGUGGGGGCAAAUGAGGUUCUCAUUGGUGUGGCCUCAGUAUUCAAAGUAGAUGAUGAUUCUAAUUGUAUGGGGCCUUUCUUGUACACAAGCACUCAAUGUAAUGGUGCAUUUCUCGACUGUAUACUUGCUGGUUCUAGUAGAUCAGGACUGAACGGAGAGAGAUCUCUUUGUGACCUGCCGCCGAUCCAGAGGGGUUAUGACACAUUUGAACGAUUUAUAUCGUGGAUAAAUCAUCCUGCUGGAGCGGCAGACAACGAAUUUGAUUAUGGUAAUUCCACUGAAGCUGAAACAGAAAAUAGACCAACCCCUCGAUAUCAGUCAGAGGCUUUUAAACAAUUUGUGAAAAUGAAAAAAAAAUCACAAAACAACACAAUUUCAACACGACCGCAGCGACCUCUAUAUUCCAGACUGAAUGUUUAACAUUUCUA